UCACAAUCAGUUGAUUUGCCAAAAAGAUACCAUGAAGACUGCCGUUCUCGCCUCCCUUAUUGCCACAGCUGCCGCCUUUGCCCCGGCUCAGAAGGCCGUUACGAGCACUGCUCUUAGUGCGUCCAACUUCGAAGACGCGCUUGGUGCGCAGCCUCCGCUCGGAUUCUAUGAUCCUUUGGGCCUUUUGGAUGGUGCCUCCGAAUCCAAGUUCGAGCGACUUCGUUACGUGGAACUCAAGCACGGACGUAUCUCCAUGCUCGCCGUUGUCGGGUACCUCGUCACCGAGGCCGGAAUCCGUCUCCCCGGAAACAUUGACUACUCUGGUACCAAGUUCACAGACAUUCCUGGUGGAUUUGACGCUCUUUCUGCUAUCUCGAAGGAAGGUCUCGGACAGAUCAUUGGCUUCAUCUUCUUUUUGGAGAUGAUCAUGCGCCCCAUUGGUGGACGUGGUGAAUUCGUCGGCGACUUCCGUAAUGACGCCAUUGACUUUGGUUGGGAUACCUUUGACGAGGAGACCAAGCUCAAGAAGCGCGCGAUCGAACUCAAUCAGGGCCGUGCCGCUCAGAUGGGAAUUCUUGCCCUUAUGGUUCACGAACAGUUGGGCGUGCCGAUCAUCCCUUCGCUUCCUUGAAAGGUUCAAGUUGCUUCUCAACUUCUACUCGCUCGGAAAUUAGUCGUAGAGCGAAUCCUUAACAAUAGCAGUUUUGUUGAAUCGCUUUCAUUUGC